UUUCGCAGAGAAAAAGCCAGUGAUUUUCAACUCUUCCCCUACGUCUUAAUUAAGCCGACAAAGUAGAAGGCAAAUCCUAAGCGUUUUCUUCUCCAAAUAAUGCUCAACAGAUAGGCUGAUAUACCGCUACAGCUUGCCAUGUACAACAGGUGUAAAUUAUGCUUUCUUAACAGUUCAUCCAUGCUUCUGUUGUAUUCUUCUAGACAAGAUAAUUUGAGAGGUCUUGAGUUGUAAAAGAAAAUUCUUAAGAAUGGGAUCCAGAAAUUGCGUUUGUCUUGACACAUUAGAUUGGAAUGGGACAAGAAAGAAUGAGGGAACAGAAAUGUAUAGGAGAAGGCAAAGCUUAGGACACAUGGGAGAGAAGAGUUUAAAUGUAACUUAAUGAGCCCUUCACUUUCUUAUUGUGAAAGAAUUAUUGUAUAUAAGAAUAUGCUUUAGGAAUAUACUCUAGACAUUAUUAUAGUAAGAAUAUGCUUUAGGAAUAUACUCUAGACAUUAUUAUAGUAUAGCAUCUUAUGUAGGAAUAUUCCUUCUUUGUAACCUAUAUAUAGGGUCUUAACCCUCUUAUAUUAUACACAGAAAAUUCUUCCACUCUCAUUACUAUUAUAUGCUUAAUUCUGAUAACAUGGUAUCAGAGCCUUAGGAAAGAUUUAGUUCCUUUUUUCUUUUAGAUUUCAGCUUAGUUUUUCAGACUGGGUUCCUUCUCAAAGAAACCUGAUUUCAGUUCAGACUCUCCAGAACCUCUAGGCACCAUUCUGUCUCCCAGAAACUCACUCCAGGACAGAUUUUUUUUAGCCCCCCUCUAUUCAGAACCUUUGUGCAGACCAUAUACCCCAUCUGUGCCAGGUGCUCGCAGUCUGCAGUUCCAAAUCAGCACCCAAGUCAGACGCGCCGUUCUCUGGGGUCUGGUGGUUUGUCGCUCGGGUCGCACAUCUGUGGAAAUAUCGCUGGUCGCUGGGGUCUGCCAGUGGAUAUCUGUCGACGACAUACGCGCGAUAUUCAUGUGGCUGAUUAUUCACUGGGGUCUGGCAUCUAACUUCUGUCUGGAGUAGCAGUCAAAGCCCGAACAUAUCUUUUGUUCUCCAGCCCAAAACGGGCUGCUGUAAGUUUUCAUUAAAUUAAAUAUCUCAAUUUUCAAUUUUAUUACAGUUUCAGGAAAAAAAAAUGUCUGGUUCUGACACCUCCACUGUAACACAAAGUCAGCCUUUGAUAGUUUCUGAAGUUAUUCCCAUUAAUUUUAAAAUUACUGAGAAUAAACUUUGUGGCUCUAAUUAUCUUGAAUGGAGUAAAACUAUCAAACGCUAUUUAAGGAGCAUUGAUAAACAUACUCACUUAGUUGAUGACCCGCCAAAGGAGGAGGUUGAUAGAGUUGCUAAUACUGCCUGGCUUCGUGACGAUUCUAGAUUAUUUAUCCAAAUUCAAAACUCAAUGGAGAAUGAGGUAAUGGGGUAUGUUAGUCAUUGCGAUACUGUGAAAGAAUUGUUUGAUUAUUUGGAAUUUAUGUACUCUGGAAAAGGUAAUCUUAACGACAUCUAUGAGGUGUGCAAAGCCUUUUACAGAGCGGAAAUGAAAGAUAAGCCUCUCACGGCUUAUUUUAUGGAUUUCAAGAAAACCUAUGAAGAGCUGAAUACAUUAAUGCCAUUUAGUCCUGAUAUCAAAGUGCAGCAAAAACAAAGAGAACAAAUGGCAGUGAUGAGUUUUUUGGCUGGUCUAACAUCUGAAUUUGAAACAGCCAAAUCAUUUUUGCCCUCCAUUCUUACGUGUCUUCUUCACCUUAUUUCACGCCUGCUUUAUUAUGCAUCCACGUGUCUUUCCUAUCGAGAACAUCAAGAAUUUUCUUCGAUUUUUUAUUUCUUCAUCAUCAUCGUUCCUAAAUCCAAUUUCAUUAGCGUCAAAUUCGUCAGUUUCACAUCUUCCUCGCUCCUGAAUCUCUCGGGCGCAAAUGAAGCCGCAGGUUUUGAUUGAAGACCAACCAGUUCAAGAAUUGAGUUCUAAACUAAGGUUGCCCCUAGCUCUUUUUUGACGGCCUUUCUUUAUACUCUUGAGUAAAGAUUGAUCUACUCACAAAUUCUACUACUUUCAUCGCCUCCCAUAGAUAGGCACAUGGAUUCAAAUGAAAAAUGGCCUACAAGUUGUAAACUCAUUUAAUUAGACCAUGAAUAAACACUCCAACUCUUCAAGUAUGCUAGGAUUUUUUUAUGUCUCUAUAAAUGCUAGAAUUCCAAUUAAGAAAGUGAACUAUGAAAAGAAGGUUUAUUUGAGCAUGUCCAUGUAAUUCCAAUAUUACUCAUUAACGGUUGAGAACAAGAAAAGAAAAACUUUAAGAAUAUGAAAACUAAGGAAAAGGGGGGACUUAUAAAACUAAAAUAUCUAAUUUCUCUUUCUAACUCUUUUCUAUAUACGAAAUAUGAUUUUUUUUCUUAACAAACCGUCCUAAAAUAUAUGUGCAGUUUUUUGGCUUUCUUUUUAUCUUUUAUUUAUGUGAAAUUAUGAAAUUUUAGUUUAAAAGGGCAUUUUGAGUUUAUUUUGUGUGUUGAACAAACCAUCUGAAUUGAAUAAAACAAUCAAUUUCGUAUUAUACUUGAGUUAUAAUGGUAAUAAGAAAUUUCAUUAGUUAAUGUAAAUCUGUUCCAUUAUCGAUUUAUAAAAAUUAACGGAAUCAGCAUCAACCGGUUCACGGGACCCAAAAUGAUAUACGUGCUGGACACGUGCCCCAAUGACUACAUUUUUUUUUACUAUUGACUCCCUAAUUAGCCGUUUGGGGGAAUUAGAGCCUUCUCCAAUGAUUCUUAAGAACCAGUCCAUGCCUAAAUGGGUCCAUGCCUAAAUGAGAAUAUGAGUAGUUUGAUUUAUAAAUCUGAAACACCUUCACGUUUAUUUGACUUUGUUUCGUUUCUUUAUAAAGUAACAUAUCACUUUAUCUUUAUGUGCCAAUUUAGGGGAAUUUUGAGUUUGCACUCCACUUU